AAUAAAUUUGACGGGAAACAUGAAUAUGUUGCACAACCGAUGUAAACAUUGCGGUUAAAAGUUCGGUUACCGUUCCUCAAAUCAUCGGAAGUCAAACAUUCCCUCCAGCGAAUGAAAUUAUGGAGCUCUUUCUAUAUCGGGGCGAGUGGGGUCUUCCCAGCAUAGAUUAUGACUGUGCAAGAAUACUGGCAUACCUAAAAUUCUCGGAAACAAAAAUCACAUAUAAUUUUAACGGCAAUCCGUUCAGCUCCCCGAGUGGAAUGCUACCAUAUCUAGUCACCGAAGGUAGGAAGAAAAUUGCCGGCUACAGUAAUAUUGUUGAGUACCUGCAGUCCAUAGGUUGCGACGCGAACGCACAGCUUGAGAAUCAGAGCUACAUUGUGAUCAAUGGGUACAUUCAGUAUGUGCUGGAAAACCUGCAUCCGUUUUUCAUGUACACUCUAUGGGGUGACCCGCAGAAUUUGGACACCACCCGGACACUGUACGCGAAGCGCAUUCCCAUUCCGUUCAACUUCUACUGCCCGCGAAAGUAUGUACUGAAGACGAACGAGCUGACCCAAACGCUGGCGGGCUUCGGCUUGGAGGAUUCUGUCGAGCUGCACGAUGUGAAGGAUCUGAUACAAAACGCCAAAAAGUGCAUCAACUGGGUCGCGAGUAAACUGGGCGAAAGCCGAUUCUUCUUCGGUGACACACCGAGCGAAAUCGAUGCCGUCCUGUACGGAUACUUCUCCGUGAUACUGAAAUUGACCCUGCCGAACAACGUUCUCCAGAAUCACCUCAAGCAGUGUGAAAAGCUGGUCAGCUUCACGGAGCGCAUCACGACAAUCUAUUUCGCCAAGGAAGGCUUCACCAGUGCAAAGGUAUUAAGUUCGGCGUCUUCCAACUCUUCAUCGUCGUCAUCCAAUUCCAAACCGAAGGAAGAAGAGAAGCAGUACUAUGAUGGCACUCAGAAAGAUGACACGCCGUACGAUCGGAAGAAGCGGUAUGUGGUUUCCGGCAUUUUCGCUACGUUUGCCAUGGUCGGUUAUGCGCUCAUGUCGGGGAUCCUGACGAUCGCACACCCCGCCAAUGGUGGAGGCAAUUUCAUUUCGUACGAUGAGCCGGAAUAUGACGAUGAAGAUUAAAUUGGCCGGAAAACGGCUUUUCAAAAUAUAGUUCAAAAUAAAACUAACAACAAAAAACGCUUAACGUCGUUUAA